AUGAUUUUAGCUUCCGGUGGCGAAUGGGUUGACUCGUUGAUUGAAGGAGGUGGAAACUGGAAUCUUUUAAUGACUGUCGACCGCUCAGUGAGGCCAGAUACAGGAAUGAUAAACACUGCACCAACCGUGGACUUGCCUCCUAUCCUUUACUGGAAGUUCGGAUGCUCCUACAAGUUCAAGUUAGCAGUCGAUGAUGUUGAUAAAGAUAUUACAAAGUGUCGAUGGGCUACUGGCAGAGAAUGCCAAGGUGUUUGCAAAACAUUUAAAGGAGCUACUUUGAACGAGCCAGAUUGUUCCAUCGCAUUUACGGCAAAUGAAAGCGUCGGCUACUUUGCAGUAGCUUUACAAAUAGAAGAUUUUCCUAACAAAACAGCCACGAAACCUUUAAGCAGCAUACCACUUCAAUUUCUGGUGAAGAUAGAAAAUGGCACCGGGUGCUUAGACGAACCAGUGUAUCUUUUCCCUACCCCUGCUGCAAAUGAAAACUACAACGUUACGGUCGGUGAAACUUUCAAUAUGACCAUAAAAGCUCGAGCACUAAAUGUGGUGAGAUCAAUCACAAUCAUCUCCACCAAAAGGAUUACACGAUCCCUGAAUAUGAAGAAAAAUGAUUCAUCAUGGUAUUACAUCACAUCGACAUUUGCUUGGAAACCGACUUUUUCGGAUGUUGGAAAAGUCCACACGUUCUGUUUUAUUGCAUCAGACACAAACGGAGUUAUAAGUACAACACGUUGUAUACAUGUUCAAGUUGCAGAUAUCGAUGACUGUAACCCUAAUCCAUGUUUGAAUGGGGGUACAUGUACAGACGGGAUUAACGAUUAUAUAUGCACAUGUGCUGCUGGCUUCACUGGAGAAAAUUGUACAACGAAUAUCGAUGAUUGUACCUCUAAUCCAUGCUUGAAUGGGGGUACAUGUGACGACGGGAUUAACGCUUAUACAUGUACAUGUGCACCUGGUUUCACUGGAUACAACUGUAAAUCGGAUAUCGAUGACUGUAGCCCUAAUCCAUGUUUGAAUGGGGGUUCCUGUAUUGAUGGGAUUAACGUUUAUAUAUGCGCAUGUGUUGCUGGUUUCACUGGAGAAAAUUGUACAACGAAUAUUGAUGAAUGUAAGCUUAGUCUAUGCUUGCAUGGGGGUACAUGUACGGACAGGAUUAAUGCUUAUGCAUGUAAAUGUGCAGCUGGCUUCACUGGAGACAAUUGUGAAAUGAAUAUCGAUGACUGUAGCCCCAAUCCAUGUUUGAAUGGAGGUGCAUGUACAGACGGGAUUAACGAUUAUAUAUGCACAUGUGCUGCUGGCUUCACUGGAGAAAAUUGUACAACGAAUAUUGAUGAAUGUAAGCUUAAUCCAUGCUUGCAUGGGGGUACAUGUACGGACAGGAUUAAUGCUUACGCAUGUAAAUGUGCAGCUGGCUUCACUGGAGACAAUUGUGAAAUAAAUAUCGAUGAUUGCAGCCCUUAUCCAUGUUUGAAUGGGGGUACAUGUGAUGAUGGGAUUAACGCAUAUACAUGUACAUGUGCACCUGGUUUCACUGGUGACAACUGUACAACGGAUAUCGAUGACUGUAGCCCUAAUCCAUGUUUGAAUGGGGGUACAUGUACAGACAGGAUAAACGAUUGUAUAUGCGCAUGUGCUGCUGGCUUCACUGGAGAAAAUUGUACAAUGAAUAUCGAUGACUGUAGCCCUAAUCCAUGUUUGAAUGGGGGUACAUGUACAGACAGGAUAAUCGAUUAUAUAUGCGCAUGUGCUGCUGGCUUCACUGGAGAAAAUUGUACAAUAAAUAUUGAUGAAUGUAAGCUUAAUCCAUGCUUGCAUGGGGGUACAUGUACGGACAGGAUUAAUGCUUACGCAUGUAAAUGCGCAGCUGGCUUCACUGGAGACAAUUGUGAAAUGAAUAUCGAUGAUUGUAGCCCUUAUCCAUGUUUGAAUGGUGGUACAUGUGACGAUGGGAUUAACGCAUAUACAUGUACAUGUGCACCUGGUUUCACUGGUGACAACUGUACAAUGGAUAUUGGUGACUGUAGCCCUAAUCCAUGUUUGAAUGGGGGUACAUGUACAGACAGGAUAAUCGAUUAUAUAUGCGCAUGUACUGCUGGCUUCACUGGAGAAAAUUGUACAAUAAUUAAAGGUUUACUUUUUUCUUUAAUGUUUUUAGAUAUCGAUGACUGUAGCCCUAAUCUAUGUUUGAAUAGGGGUACAUGUACAGACAGGAUAAACGAUUAUAUAUGCGCAUGUGCUGCUGGCUUCACUGGAGAAAAUUGUACAAUAAAUAUUGAUGAAUGUAAGCUUAAUCCAUGCUUGCAUGGGGGUACAUGUAUGGACAAGAUUAAUGCUUAUGCAUGUAAAUGUGCAGCUGGCUUCACUGGAGACAAUUGUGAAAUGAAUAUCGAUGAUUGUAGCCCUUAUCCAUGUUUGAAUGGGGGUACAUGUGACGAUGGGAUUAACGCAUAUACAUGUACAUGUGCACCUGGUUUCACUGGUGACAACUGUACAACGGAUAUCGAUGACUGUAGCCCUAAUCCAUGUUUGAAUGGGGGUACAUGUACAGACAGGAUAAACGACUAUAUAUGCGCAUGUACUGCUGGCUUCACUGGAGACUGUUGCACAAUAAAUAUUGAUGAAUGUACGCUUAAUCCAUGCUUGCAUGGGGGUACAUGUACGGACAGGAUUAAUGCUUACGCAUGUAAAUGUGCAGCUGGAUUCACUGGAGACAAUUGUGAAAUGAAUAUCGAUGAUUGUAGCCCUAAUCCAUGCUUGAAUGGAGGUACAUGCGACGACGGGAUUGACGCUUAUACAUGUACAUGUGCACCAGGUUUCACUGGCGACAACUGUACAACAGAUAUCGAUGAUUGUAGCCCUAAUCCAUGCUUGAACGGAGGUACAUGCGACGAUCGGAUUGACGCUUACACAUGUACAUGUGCACCAGGUUUCACUGGCGACAACUGUACAACAGAUAUCGAUGAUUGUAGACCUAAUCCAUGUUUGAAUGGGGGUACAUGUACAAACGGGAUAAACGAUUAUAUAUGCGCAUGUGCUGCUGGCUUCACUGGAGAAAAUUGUACAACAAAUAAAGAUGAUUGUAGCCCUAAUCCAUGCUUGAAUGGAGGUACAUGUGACGAUGGCAUUAACGCUUAUACAUGUACAUGUGCACCUGGUUUCACUGGAGACAACUGUACAACCGAAAUUAAAGAUUGCAGCAAUAAUCCAUGCUUGAAUGGGGGUACAUGUAAAGACGGGAUUAACACUUAUAUAUGUACAUGUGCAGCUGGCUUCACUGGUAACGAAUGUGCAAAUGAAGAAGAUGAAAGAGCUGACGCUGGAUUAAUACUUCUAGAAGUCGUGGGAGGACUAUUUGCUCUUGUUUUAAUUAGUUGGAUUUCAAUCUGUAUCCGCUGCAUCUGUAAGGAAUAGUGGAACGAUUGUAAUACAAAUCCGACACAGACACAUUUACAUCUUCAGUAUCAACUAUUUGCAGGGCGUAUUGUUAAGAUUGUACAUUACAAAUAUUGAAAAGAAAAGGAACAUUUUGGUCAUACAGUGUGUAUCCAUUUAUAGAAGCUUCAGAUAAGCUGGUGUGUAUUGCCGCCUAGCUUUUCAAAUGACUCUUCUGUGUUACUUCGGUAGUGGCCUUUAUUUCUCUGAUAGUAUCAAAAUAAUGUGAAAUUUCAUAUCAUAACUAAAGAAGAGAAUAUCAAAACUUUUUAUCCCUUGAUAGCAAUGACAAUUCACUGCAUUUAUAUGUGAAACAUUUUCCAUUGAUUCUACAAUAACCUAUGACAAACACUUUUCAUUUCUCACUUUUAUACUUGGCAACCUGUUUCCACUUAUUACGGACUUUCUAUUUUCAUGUUCAGUGUGCUUUUACUGCGUCUGUAAUAUUACUUUUUUUUUUUUUUUUACUUUUGAUCAGGUCGUUUUUCUAUCGUCAUUUGAACUGGAACUAAAAGUAACUACACUAUUCAGGUUCGGAAGAGAAGUGCAACGCCACAAAAGCAAUCUUGGCCUAAUUUGAUGUAAAGUCUACUUGUGAUGCCAUGAAUGAUGUUAACAAAAAUAACCUUGGUAGCGCAAAACCAAAUUGUAAUCUAUGUAUUUUUAUCAAGCCAAAUCGUUCUGUAACACUGAACGUCCCUUCAUUUUAUAGUGUAGCUAUAUCUUAACAGUAUGGUUAGAACACAAUGCAUGAAAUAAAUGUGUAGGUGGGGGUGUUUGUAGAUAGUAGGUUGUAAUUGGUGUUAAACGACACACCUACAUGAUGUUCGUUUGAUGAACUUAUUUUGUUUUCUAUAUAAAAUUAGAUAACCAUCCCUAUAGGACUUUGUUUGGUGUAAAAUCAAAAUUCUCUCCUAUUUGAAGUAUUAUUUUCUGAGUUUUACAUGUGAAUAUACAGUGAAAUAAUUCGGUCUAUAAACUGUAUUUUUUGACUGUCCGCUUUAUUCGGUGAAGUAUGAUUAUUUAAUGUCAUUAUAAAUACAUAGGAGACUGUACAGCUUUGACUAGUUCCCUUGUUACAUGAAAUGUCGUAUGUCUGUUAUGUAAUAUGCUUUUUAUCAAAAUAAGCAUUUAAUCAAAAAUAAUAAGCAUUUUAUCAAAAGUUAUAUAAAAAUGAAAAACAUGUACAUGAAGUUAUAUUGACCAGUUAUCAAAUCAGUUUAGUUCCAACAACUUGUAUAUUCUCGAUAAGCAUGAUGCUAUUUAUAUAGGCUUUGAUCAUUGCUGAACAGUCUAAUUUCUCUUUGCUUAUCUUUAGUUCAUUUUAUUUUAUCUUUUUCGCACAUUUUUGUGUUAAUGUUUGUAUUUACGCAUCACACAAACUCUUUUGUAAUGUUCUCAGAAUAUAUCUAGUAUUUCUGUUUGGUCUUUUUUAUUGCUGCUGUCAAUGAUUACACUAAUAAAUGGUUCCUUUCUA